AUGCCGGCUGUAACCAGACAGCUGGCACGGAUUUUUCCAAUCAUCUUGUUGGUGCUGGGAAUCUUCUCAAUUGGGCUCUUUUACAACCCACAGCCACCACGGCCGAUCACUCAUAAUGGAGUGCAAGAUACAUUUCCGGCGAAGAAGUCAAACCGAAAGCAUUUGUUCGAUGGGAAUUGGGACUAUCAACGAGACAGGGACAACCUGAUGCUCACCCAGGAUCAAUGCAGCCAGGCAUUCCCCGACCUGUACUCUGAGAUUGAUCGUGCUAGAGAUGAUCGCAAAUCGCGACUGGUCAGCCUGAAAGAGCUUGAUAAUAUCCCGGCCAGAAAUGGCUAUAUUCGUGCUAUGAUAUAUGAUCAGCAAACCAAGUUAUAUGUUCUCGACAAACAAGGCUCUAUAUGGUCCCGGGAACGAGCGACCCUGUCUGCGAUCAAUCGCGCCAUUCUGUCAUCACCAGAGCCCUUGCCCAAUAUUGAAUUCGCAUUCAACACCGACGACUCCGUGGAUAGGCUUCCGCUAUGGGGAUAUGCUCGCCGCGCCAAAGACAAGGCCAUAUGGCUUAUCCCAGAUUUCGGGUUUUGGUCAUGGCCCGAAACCAAAGCCGGGUCCACUCGCGAGGUGCAGGCGAAAGCCGAGUGGGCAGAGGAAGAGGGACUGACCUGGGGAAAUAAGACGGCAAAGCUCCUCUGGCGCGGAGUGCCGAAAAUGGGACCAAAGGUUCGGGACAAGCUCAUGCAGGUAACGAAAGACAAGCCAUGGGCGGACGUCAAGGCUUUGGUGUGGGAUGAUAAGGACAGCCUGCAGAAUGAUUAUAAGACCAUGCCGCAGCAUUGCGAGUAUCAGUAUGUUGCUCAGACCGAGGGCAAUACAUACUCUGGUCGUUUGAAGUACCUGCAGAGCUGCAGGAGUGUUAUUGUCUCGCAUAAGCUGGAUUGGAUUCAGCAUCAUUAUCAUUUGAUGAAGUCGUCUGGGCCAGAACAAAAUUUUGUCGAGGUGAGGCGUGACUGGUCCGAUUUGGAGGAGACCAUGGAGCAUUUCCUCUCUCACGAUGAUGAAGCCAAGAAUAUUGCAGACAACAGUGUCAGGACAUUUCGUGAGCGAUAUCUCACUUCUGCUGCGGAAAUGUGCUAUUGGCGCCGUCUGAUACGGGAAUGGAAGGGAGUCCUGGACUUUGAACCUGAGUUUUUCAAGUUGGUGGAUGGGAAGAAGGAGUGGAGAGGUAUUCCUGUAGAGAGCUUUUUGUUGAUGGGAGAGGUGAACUAUGACCCUCGAUGA